UGUGCUGUUUUGUGGUCCACAAAAGGUGCCAUGAGUUCGUUUCCUUCUCCUGUCCAGGGGCCGACAAGGGGCCUGACACAGAUGAUCCCAGGAGCAAGCACAAGUUUAAGAUCCACAGCUACGGCAGUCCCACCUUCUGCGACCACUGUGGAUCACUGCUGUACGGCCUCAUCCACCAGGGGAUGAAAUGUGACACCUGCGACAUGAACGUUCAUAAGCAGUGCGUGAUGAACGUGCCAAGUCUGUGCGGCACCGACCACACUGAGCGCAGAGGAAGACUCUUUCUCAAGAUCGAGGUCAGCGGAGACAGACUUCACGUCACAGUGGGCGAGGCCCGAAACCUGAUUCCCAUGGACCCCAAUGGCCUGUCAGACCCGUAUGUGAAGCUCAAACUCAUCCCGGACCCCAAGAACGAGACCAAACAGAAGACCCGCACUAUCCGCUCCUCGCUCAACCCCACCUGGAACGAGUCCUUCAUCUUCAAGUUAAAGCCUUCGGAUAAGGAGCGUCGCCUGUCUGUGGAGGUGUGGGAUUGGGACAGAACCACCCGUAAUGACUUCAUGGGCUCUAUGUCCUUUGGUGUGUCGGAGCUGAUCAAAGCUCCUAUAAGUGGCUGGUAUAAGAUGUUAAACCAGGAGGAGGGUGAGUACUACAAUGUGCCCAUCCCAGAGGAGAACGACAUCAACCUGGAGCUGAGGCAGAAGUUCGAGGCCUGUCAGUUCAAUAUCCACCUGCUGAAGAAAGCCAAGCUCGGCCCUGGAAAGAAAGUCAUCACUCCCACUGAUCACCGACGCUUCAGUUUACCAUCCGGGAACAUGAACAGAGUUCAACUCAAUGACUUCCAUUUUCUGGCUCUUCUGGGCAAAGGCAGUUUUGGGAAGGUCAGUCACUGUCGGGCCUCAAACAAAUGCUUGGUAAUGUUGGCAGAGAUGAAGUCCACUGAGGAGCUGUAUGCCAUAAAAAUCCUGAAAAAGGACGUGGUGAUCCAGGACGAUGAUGUGGAGUGCACAAUGGUGGAGAAGAGAGUACUGGCCCAGAGAGAUAAGCCACCUUUCCUUACCCAGCUGCACUCCUGCUUCCAGACUGUGCAAUCAUAUAUGACGAUGGACCACAAAACCGAUCGUCUGUACUUUGUAAUGGAGUACAUUAACGGCGGAGACCUGAUGUAUCACAUCCAGCAAGUGGGCAAGUUUAAGGAGCCACAAGCCGUAUUCUAUGCCGCAGAGAUUGCUGUCGGACUCUUCUUUCUUCACAGGAAGGGAAUUAUUUACAGAGAUCUGAAGCUGGAUAACGUGAUGUUGGACUCCGAGGGCCACAUCAAGAUUGCAGACUUCGGCAUGUGUAAGGAACACAUGUAUGAGGGCAUGACGACGCGCACCUUCUGCGGAACACCGGAUUACAUCGCCCCGGAGAUAAUCGCCUAUCAGCCGUACGGGAAAUCUGUGGACUGGUGGGCGUACGGUGUGCUGCUCUACGAGAUGCUGGCUGGGCAGCCUCCAUUUGAUGGCGAGGACGAGGAUGAGCUGUUUCAGUCCAUAAUGGAGCACAAUGUUUCCUACCCCAAAUCCCUGUCUAAAGAGGCAGUGUCCAUCUGUAAAGGGCUGAUGACGAAGCAUCCAUCCAAGCGUCUAGGUUGCGGUCCAGAGGGUGAGAGAGAUAUAAAGGAGCAAGCUUUCUUCCGCAGAAUCGACUGGGAACGGUUGGCCAACAGAGAGAUCCAGCCACCUUUCAAACCCAAAGUGUGCGGCAAAGCGGCAGAGAACUUUGACAAAUUCUUCACCCGCACGCAGCCCAUGCUGACUCCUCCAGACCAACUGGUCAUCGCCAACAUCGACCAGAGCGAGUUCGCUGGAUUCUCUUACAUAAACCCAGAGUUCAUCCACCCAUCGUCGCUUCACAGUGUUGUAUGAGACGGCCCUGACGAAGACGAGGACCACCCGUCCCGCGCAAACUAACAACCGUAUCCAUGUUAUUUAUGAACGCACCAAAUCUUUGUAGACAGUUGAAUACCCUUUAUCUGAACAUAUCUGAACCGAGGAGGGCUGGAGAAGGGGGUUUGAUGGCUGGAGGGAAAUUUUAAGGCUCGUUCCUGACAAAUUAUUCUUUUAUGAGAACCCAUCUCGGUUAGGACGCUGCUUGGGUAGGCAGCAGACAGAAAGCCCUGUCAGAAAGAUGUCCUCGCAGUGAGUGAGUCGCAUGCAGAUAGAUGUUACGUGCAGGGCCAGUAUAUUUUCCAAAAACAGAUAUUUUUUGAAGGCGAAGAUACUAAACGAUCCCUUUUUUCCAGUCCUCAGAUUCUUCGUGUGUGUGAAGCAUGCCGACAUGAAACAGGUUUUUGUGUCCUAUUCCUUGUAUCCUCUACUGCCAUUUCUAAUGUUCCUUGAAUUAUAUAUUUGUAAAUCUAAAAAAAAAAAAAUAUCUUGUUAUAGGAGUGCCAAAAUAUAACUGCAUCAAAAGGUUUUUUAUAUCCAGCUCUAUAUAUGCAUAUUGAUUUCCUACUAGAUCUCUUGGUGGUGUCCCUUAUCUUGGGCCGAAACUUGAACCCUUAUCGCUCCCCGAGUUUUAGCAUGACAACUUCCAAUCCCGUCACUGCCUGCUCGCCCCGGUUCCUAUACAUAAUCAACAUAUACACGACUCUUUCUCUCCCUCUAAAUGUAUGGAUUGUGAUUCCUCGUUGGUAAAGCGCGGGCCUACGCACUCCCCGCAGGAUCCUGCAGAUUUCCGCAGAAUUCUACCACCCGUCCUACCCAUCCAUCUGCACGUUUGUUUUUAUGAAAUACUUCAGAUGAUGCUCUUUUAUUUAACGUAUUUUACCCAUCCCGUAGAUUUUGGG